CCUCAUCCUCAUCCUAGAAUCAAUAUUGUUCUCUCUCUCUCUCUAUACCCACAGACCUAGAAGUCUCGCGGCCCAACACAUACUCUCUCCUACUAAUCAUCUUCCUCUCCUAAAAACUCAUCCAACAUGAGCAACGUCGAAAUCCCAACCGAGCAGUGGGCUCAGGUGGUCGAGAAGACCGGCGGUCCCGUCGUCUACAAGAAGAUCCCCGUUGGCAAGCCCGGCCCAGAUGAGGUCCUCGUCAACGUCAAGUAUUCCGGUGUCUGCCACACCGAUCUGCACGCCAUGCUGGGCGACUGGCCCCUGCCCGUAAAGCUGCCCCUGGUCGGCGGCCACGAGGGUGCGGGUGUCGUCGUCGACCGCGGAGAGCUGGUGCACGACGUCCAGAUUGGUGACCACGUCGGCAUCAAGUGGCUUAACGGCUCCUGCCUGUCCUGCUCGUUCUGCAUGACCGCCGACGAGCCCCUCUGCGCCGAGGCCUCCCUCUCUGGCUACACUGUCGAUGGCUCCUUCCAGCAGUAUGCCGUCGCCAAGGCUGCUCACGUUGCCCGCAUCUCCAAGAACGUCUCGCUCGAGGCUGUCGCACCCGUCCUGUGCGCGGGUAUCACCGUCUACAAGGGCAUCAAGGAGUCAGGCGUGCGACCCGGCCAGUGGAUUGCCAUUGCCGGCGCCGGUGGUGGUCUCGGCAACAUGGCCCUGCAAUACUGCAAGGCCAUGGGUAUCCAUACGGUCGCCAUCGACGGCGGCGAGGAGAAGAAGGAGGCCACCGCCGCCCUCGGCGCCAGCGCCUACGUCGACUUCUUCACCUCCAAGGACCUUGUCGCCGACGUCAAGGCUGCCACCCCCGACGGUCUGGGCCCCCACGCCGCCAUCCUGCUCGCCGUCUCCGAGAAGCCCUUCCAGCAGGCCGCCGACUACGUCCGCCCCCGCGGUACCGUCGUGUGCAUCGGCCUGCCUGCCAAUGCCCGCAUUUCCGCCCCCGUCUUUGAGACGGUUGUCCGCAUGAUCUCCAUCAAGGGCAGCUACGUCGGCAACAGACAGGACACCCAGGAGGCCCUUGACUUUUACGAGCGUGGCCUGAUCAAGGCCCCCUACAAGACCAUCGGCCUGAGCGAGCUGCAGAGCGUCUACGACCUCAUGCAUGCGGGCAAGGUGGUGGGCCGCUACGUGGUCGACACCAGCCGAUAGAGAAAUAAACUCGAUAGUGGUUUUGUGUUUGUGAGGAGGAACACCAAGAAGAAAGAAACUAAGAAACGGCAAAAGGGCUGCGAUCAAUGAAUGCAUGGAGUUUUGGGUCAGCGGUGUGUGGCUUUGGCAGGACGGCUUGACUUUAUUUUCGAUUUAUAUAACAAUGAAAAUGAUUAACCGAGAAUUGACUAC